AUGUCAGAGAAGAAUCCACGGAAGCGCGCAGCAUCUAACGUUGCAGAACCUGUUGUACACAAGCAGGCACGAGUGCGAGCCCAACCGCUGGCUCGAGUGCCCAAAAAACACGGUGCCACACAGCUCUUUGACUCCGAGUCAGAUGAUUUUGGGCCCGAGGGAAGUGACGGGGGCUUGUCUGAUUCGGAUAGUAGUGGAGCUCUGUCAGAUGUCAACCCUGAGGAGUCGGAUGACGGUAUUCUGGGACUCGACCCGAAGAAACUAAAGGCCACACUGGACUAUGAACGGCCUCAAUUUGCUAGCUCUGCCUCGUCCAUCAGGUCAGUCGCAAGUGCUCUGCUGUCAGAUGAUGAUGCCCUCGCUGAGGAGCACAUCGCCAUCGACCCUGAGGUCGAGGAGACAAACAAGUCUGUGCCCCGCUACCGUGUUUCGAACCAUAAUGGUUUGAGUAAGAUGGUCAAAGGGGCAUUGAGAGGAGGGAAACAGCUUCAGAAGCGAGAGCAAGAGAGACCAACUUGGCGGUCACCCAAGGACUCCGUCGACGAUACGAUCAGCGAAGGACCGCCUGCUGUUCGUUCUCGUGAGGAUGACUGGCCCGCUCCUUGUCGCAUUGUAUAUAGUGGUUCAGGCAAGGUAAAUCUGACAGAGCAACAACCUCACAUUCAAGAGAUGCUCCGGGCAGCCAUUACCUCCCUUCAUGAACACAUCCUGUUCGAAAACUCGUAUCCGGAAUUACAGCAACAGAGAAAACUCAUGGCCGACGUCCUUAUGUCAUGUACCAAAGACGGAGAAGACUUUGACGCUGUGAGGAAUUGCCUGGCGAAGGACUCGAAGUAUGUGCGUGCGUUAUCUACAGUGCCUGAAGGCCGGAUUGGCAGCAUCCGUGGGAACGUCAGAAAGGCUGCGCAAGCACAUGUCGCCACCCACUACGGUCUGACCAAAGGUGCUGACGAGCGAGUCUCACACCUUCUCAAAAACAAUGCCUACAUAUAUCCGGUGAAUGCCAAGGGGGAUCUUGUCCGCACGAAGCCGUUUCAAGCUCCUGCGAUUUUGGACACCAUUGAGGAUGCAUUCUUCAACGACGAGCUGGGUGCAGGAGUGAAAUGGCACGACCAUUUGACGUCCAUACUCGACGACCAUCCAGAGGAAGUGGAGCUGCCUGUUGCGAUGGUGGCUCUCGCUAGCGCUGCGGUAUGCUCGGUUAUUAUGCAGUACUCCUCCGAGAAAUACGACCGUGACUUCAACUCGGACAUGUAUGGGGGGAUUUAUCGAAAGUUGGUCGGCGUGUUGAAUGCCAUCUUCCAGACCAGUCAGCGGAAGUUUCAUGUGCCCGUGCACUCGUUAUAUAAAUCCGUCUAUGGAUCAAAGCGCAAGGCAGACGAACCUAGCGCCGCGGAGACACUCAUGUUUCUCGAUAUCGAAGGUAUGGCUGAGGAAUGA